CUUACUCGUAUAGUAAGCAAACCCUUCUUACUACGCAUAUUAGACACACUAGACCAUACCACCUAACUUCUAACGCACGGUCCUCCUUCCGUUUAGAAGGGAGAAACUGCUAUUACCAAAAUGAGCGGUAACGCCUUUUAUGGAGGAGAUGAAGUUUCAGCUAUUGUCAUAGAUCCUGGUAGUAAAUGGACGAGAAUUGGGUUUUCCGGCGAGGAUAUACCAAAAUGCGUUUUGCCAAGUAGUUAUGGAGAAUUUGAAAAUGGAAGAAGACUUUUUGGUGAGGAAUAUAUUUACCAACCUCAUAAAGGAAUGGAGAUUAAAAGGGCAGUCUCUAAUGGAUGGAUUCAACAUUGGGAUGCAACAUUGGAUCUUUGGCAGUAUACACUAAAGGAGCGUUUAAAGACGGAUCCAGCAGAGCAUCCAAUUCUAGUCACCGAGCCGUUUGACAAUCCAUCCGAAAAUCGAGUCAAAACAAUGGAAAUGAUAUUUGAAUCUUUGGGUAGUCCAGCUACAUAUUUAGCACGACAAGAAGCUUGUGCUGCCUUCGCUAGUGGAAAAGGAACAGCUUGUUUAAUAGACGUUGGAUAUGAAAGAGCUUCUGUUUCUGCUAUCCAUGAUGGUUUUGUCCUUCAAAAACCUUAUAACGUUCAGCCAUUUGCUGGUGCUGCUUUAGACGAAAUCCUUGCCGAUACUUUAAGGGAAAAGGAUUACGAAACAAUUCCAAAGUAUCUUGUCCGCAGUAAGCAUCCUGUUAAAGCUGGUGAAUCUCCACGAUUUGAGCGUGCUAAUGUUGAGACUACUGAGUCGUUCCAUCGUUUUCAAUUAGAAAGACUAUACGAUGAAUGGAAAGAGGAGUGCGCUUUGGUAUCUGAUGCUCCGUUUGAUUCAAAUACCACCGUAGUUGAUUCAGAAUUUGAAUUUCCAGACGGCGCGAGAGUAGUGUUUGGGCCCGAACGCUACCAAAUUCCAGAACGUCUUUUCAAGCCUUCUGAAGAUACGAAAAUGGAUGAGGAAAGUGAUGAGAAUGAAGAAGAAAAAGAAAAUGAUGAGGAAGAAAAAAAGAGUUCCAGCAACCAAGUAACAAAAAGCACCCUUGGUUUAUCUCAGUUAUUCCAAAACUGCAUCUCUGAAUGUGAUGUUGAUAUCCGGAACUCCUUAUUUAACAAUAUAGUCGUUUGUGGAGGAACAAGUUUAUUACAAGGAUUUUCUCUUCGUUUACAAAAUGACCUGUCUAAAAUUUAUCCUGGUAAUCGUUUAAAAAUACACGCUUCUGGUCAUAUCAUUGAACGUAGCUACGCUUCAUGGUUAGGAGGAUCUAUCCUUAGUAGCUUAGGGACUUUCCAUCAACUGUGGAUUUCUAGACAAGAAUACGAUGAACAUGGUGCUGACCGUUUGGCCCUAAUUGAAAAGCGUUGUAAAUAAGGUUUCUAAAUAAUACGAACAGUGGCUUCUUGCUAGUGUUACUUAAUUUGUUCUAUGUCCUGGCAUAGCUGAUCCUUUCUUUCUAUUUUCAAGUAUUUGCUUCCCUUUAUUUAUUCAUAACUCUUAUAUAUUUGUUGUUGGCUUUCUUUUUGUUGCUGGAACAUCCCUAUAGAGGAAUAAUCUUUCGAAGCUAAGCUUGAGCUUUACUUCUGCAUAAGCACACUGUCUAUUAACGACAUGAAACUGUUACUACACACUCAAUGAGAUUUAUAAUUUCGUAAAUCCGUUUUAGAGGCUUAUUAACAUUUGUUUAAUUAAGAUGUUGACAUAUUGCUACAAUGAGUUUGUUUUCGCUGUCUACGUUAAAUUCAUUCAUUGGAUUCUUUUGUAUAGCCGGUGUUGCGUGGUUUUAGGUGUUAAAAAGUCUUUGAGCCAUUAAAAUAGCUGCACAAUGUUGAAACAAGCAUCAUAAAAACCUCGUAUCAAUGUAUCAGGGCAAGAAGGAAAAGUGGAGGUAUGAAUGAGAACUGAAGUAGUCAGUAAAAGCAAAUGAAACUUUAACAACAGAGAUUUUGAUUUAAUGUCAUAAAGUAGUUUUGAGUUGCCUUAUUGACAAACUAUGAUGGAAGCCUUAAGUGAUGAAACUCUUUCA